GAACAAUGGCGUGGAGUAGCGACGACGAGGCCGCCAUGAGCGCGGCGGCGCCGCUGCCGACGCUCACGUGCACCACCGAGAGCGUCAAAGUACUGGUGAUGCUGCUGAGCUGUCUGGCGCACGGCAAGCGCGACCAGCGCGUGCGCUGCGACGUGGACCGGCGCGGCCUGCUGUUCACGGCGCACUCCAAGGGCAAGUCGCUGCAGAUCAAGACGUCCAUCGGCCGCGAGCUGUUCGAGAGCUACAAGUUCGGCGCGGAGCAUCCGCAGGACGACGAGUUCGUCGACGACGAGGACGACGUGCAGCUGAGCUUCGCGCUCAACGUGAGCCUGCUGAUCGAGUGUCUGUCCAUGUUUGGGCCCGCGGCGCUGCCCACGACGUCGCUGCGGAUGACCUACGAGCCAGAGAGCGCCAGUCUGCUGUUGGUCGUGGAGGACAGCGGCGUCAUGUGCGAGUGCUCGAUGCAGGUGCUGGAGCACGAGGGCGGCGACAUGGGUCAGCUGGAGUUCGAGAGCGCCUUCGAGCAGUCGGCCGUGGUGGCUCGCUGCAUCAUGCAGUCCGAGCCGCUGCGAGACGCGUUCGCCGAGCUCUACGACCUGCCGAGUGCCGCGAGCGUGACGAUAGCCAUGGCCGACGCAGACAGCAGGAGCCCCGACGAUACGUCGGAGGCCAAGUGCCUGAGUUUAAGCGCCACGUCCGAGACGGGGUCAUGCGAGAUCGACUUCGCGCCGACGUCCUCUGCGUUUAUCGAGUUCUCGUGCGCGUCGGCGAGUGACGGCGACUACCCCGGGAGCUGCGCUGCUACGUUCCACGUUGCGGUACUGCAGCAGGCGUUCAAGGCGCUGGUGCACUCCAACGAGACGUUUCUUCGCAUGAACAGCGACGGGUUCCUGUCGAUCCAGCACAUGAUCGAGAGUGGCUCGGGCGAUAAGGCUUUCGUCGACGCUUUGAUCAGCCCCGAGGACACGUCCAUUUCGUAG